GCCCUCUUUCUCUAGACACUAUAUAUUAAUAUAAAAGGAAAGGCUUUGUUUGAAGACCAACAACGCAGAAAGAGGCCAGGAAUUAGAAGGGUCUGCGGAGAAGAUAGAAAGAAUAGCGCUAUCUUUCCAUUUAUGGAGCUUGCUUCGGAGAGAUCUGGUGACGGAGGUGGUGGACUCAAGGAAGAAAAGAGAAGUGAGUAUAGUGUUGGUGAUGAGGAAGGUCGUCAUAAACAAGAGACUAUUGUUGAGGAUGAGCCACCCAUUGCUAAUACCGAAAGAUUCACACUGGAGGCUGGACCAAGCACAUCGUCAAGCAAAAAGGAAGAGGUUGAUGAUCAGAUUGAGACUACUAAAGCCGAAAUGAGCGAAGUGCAAGAAGAAAAUCAACGGCUAAAGAUGUCUUUGAACAAAAUAAUGAAUGAAUAUCGGACACUAGAAAGGCAAUUUCAAGAUAUAGUUAAGCAAGGAACAAAAAAGAAUGAUGAUAAAGGAAAUGGUAACCAUCAAGAAAUAAUAGAGGAAUCAGAUCUUGUUUCCCUCAGUCUAGGAAGAGUUCCGAGUAAUCCAAAAAAUGAUGAGAAAUCCAAAGUUUCUAAACCAAUGAAGGAUGAAGGGUUUAACGAAGAGUUGACUCUUGGACUAGAUUGCAAAUUUGAAACAUCAAAAUCGGGAAGCACUAGCGAAGCUUUGGCAGAUCCAAGUCCAGCAAAUAGCUCUGAAGUGCCGAAAGAAGAAGCUGGGGAGACUUGGUCACCCACUAAGGGAGUCAAGACAACGAGAGAUUCAGAGGACGAAGUUGCUCACCAAAAUCCUACCAAGAAAGCUAGAGUUUGCGUCAGAGCAAGAUGUGACACUCCAACAAUGAACGAUGGAUGUCAAUGGAGAAAAUACGGACAAAAGAUCGCAAAGGGAAAUCCUUGCCCUCGAGCUUACUAUCGUUGCACAGUUGCACCAUCAUGCCCAGUAAGAAAACAGGUGCAAAGAUGUGCUGAGGACAUGUCCAUUUUAAUCACCACCUACGAAGGGACUCACAAUCACACUCUUCCACUUUCAGCUACUGCCAUGGCAUCCACAACUUCCGCAGCUGCUUCCAUGUUGUUGUCUGGUUCAUCAAGCUCUCUCUCUGGAUCAAUACCUUCAACAACCACCACUGCUCCUAAUACUCUCCAUGGCCUCAACUUUUAUCUCUCAGAUGGUUCCAAAUCAAGGCAAUUAUACCUGUCCAACCCUGCACUAUCAUCUUCACCUUCACAUCCAACCAUCACUCUUGACCUCACUUCAAACCCAUCCUCUUCCUCAUCAUCCCCUUUUGUUAGAUUCACUUCAAGCUACAACCAACCCAGGUACCCUUCUUCCACAAGCCUCAGCUUCAGUUCCUCCGAUUCCAAUGCAAUGUCUUGGAGCAACGGGUUCCUCAACUAUAGUACUCAACCAUAUAAUAACAACAAUAGUAAUAAUAAGAGUAAUAACCUUAGCACUUUAAACUUUGGAAGACAACAAAUGGAAAAUAUCUACGAAUCCUACAUGCAUAAGAACAGCAACUCAACCGUCCCUCAAGGCGCUCUACCAGAUACUAUAUCUGCAGCAACCAAAGCGAUCACAGCAGACCCAACUUUUCGAUCUGCUUUGGCAGCAGCACUUACUUCAUUUAUUGGGGCGCAAGGUAGCAUUGGAAGCACGCAAGGAAAUCAAAGUGUUGGAGAAAAUUCAAGUCAGAAAAUGAAAUGGCCAGAGGCUUUUCCUGUGUCUAAUUCUACUUUGUCUUCUUCAAAUUCCAAAGUCAAUGGUUGUGCAUCAAGCUUCUUGAACAAAACGCCAGCAAAUACACAGACCACAAGUUUGAUGCUUCUACCACCGUCUACUUUGCCGUUUCCUACCUCCAAAAGUACUUCUGCAUCUCCUGCGGAAAAUAGCGACACUACCAGUUAAUUGGUGAUAUAUUUCUCUAUAUAGCUAUAGCUAGGUAGCUACUAUUUUUCCCUUGCGUUGAAUUGAUGUAAUUAAGAUGCUAAGUAAAAUUUAGCAUAGACGCAUAAAUAAGAAACGUAUAUGUUUUUUUUUCCCUUGAUUUAGGGAUGAAAUUUGAUAUCCAACAUUGAAUCACAACUGCACUGUUAGGGUUGGC